AUGGCUACAGUCCGCAUUAGCGUCUGCGGCGACGAAGGCACUGGCAAGUCCAGCUUGAUCACCUCCCUGGUCAAGGGUGUCUUCGUCACCAACAAGAUCCAGCCCAUCUUGCCUCAGAUUACGAUCCCUCCUACCAUCGGAACCCCCGAAAAUGUCACCACUACAACCGUCGUCGACACCUCCGCCCUCCCGCAAGAACGAAACAACCUGGCGCGCGAGAUCCGCAAGUCCAACGUGAUCCUGUUGGUCUACUCCGAUCACUACAGCUAUGAGCGCGUCGCUCUCUUCUGGCUACCCUAUCUCCGAUCGCUGGGUGUCAAUGUCCCCGUUGUGCUGUGCGCCAACAAGUCAGACCUCGCCGCCAGCCACAGCGAGGCGCAAGUGAUUGAGGAGGAAAUGCUCCCUUUGAUGUCGGAGUUCAAGGAAAUUGAUUCUUGCAUUCGUACGAGCGCCCGCGAGCAUCGGAACGUCAAUGAAGCUUUCUUCGUUUGCCAAAAGGCUGUCACGCACCCAAUCGCGCCCCUUUUCGAUUCCAAGGAAGCCGCUCUAAAACCCGCCGCCGUCGCCGCACUACAGCGCAUUUUCUACCUCAGCGACAAGGAUCGAGAUGGAUAUCUCUCGGAUAAGGAAAUUGCGGACUUCCAAACGCGAUGCUUUGGCAAGCCGCUCAGCGAGGAGGAUCUGGCACAUAUUAAAGAAACAAUUCAACGGAGCUUCCCGGACUCAGUGAACGACUCCGGAAUUGAUUGCCCUGGUUUCAUACAUUUAAAUAAGCUUUACGCGGAAAAGGGUCGACACGAGACGGUUUGGAUUAUCCUACGAGCAUUCCAGUACACCGAUAACCUGUCCCUGCAAGAAAACUUUUUACAUCCCCGGUUCGAAGUCCCGCCUUAUGCCUCGGCAGAACUUUCUCCGGAAGGAUAUCGCUUCUUUGUGAAUCUGUUCCUACUAUCCGAUAAGGACAAUGACGGUGGUCUGAAUAACGCCGAACUGGCGUCCUUAUUCGCACCGACCCCUGGGCUGCCCGCAUCUUGGGCCGACGGAUGGCUCGCGCAAUGGAGUAUGACGACCUUCAUGUCUGCCAAGACUACACUAGAAUACCUGGCCUACCUCGGUUUCGAAUCUUCUGACCGAAGUAAUCCUUCCAUCACAUCGGCGUUGAAGGUGACGCGACCGCGCAAGAGAAGGCGACGCCCGGGACGCGUCGGACGAAACGUAGUUCAAUGCCACGUUCUGGGCGCUGCCGGAUCAGGAAAAUCUGCUCUUUUGGACGCACUCCUGUCGCGUGGAUUCAGCUCGACGUAUCAUCCCACCAUUCAACCCCGUACAGCUGUGAAUACAGUUGAGCUACCUGGCGGGAAACAGUGCUAUUUGAUUAUGGACGAGCUAGGCGAAUUGGAGCCCGCCAUUCUGGAGAACCAGGUGAAAUUGCUGGACCAAUGUGACGUGGUCGCCUAUACAUAUGACUCGUCUGAUCCGGAUUCGUUUGCGUAUAUACCGGCGCUGCGAGCCAAGUACCCCCAUCUGGAAGAGUUGCCUAGUGUGUUUAUUGCACUCAAGGCCGACUUGGACCGGACCACGCAGCGGGCGGAGCAUCAGCCCCAUGAAUACACGGCGAUGCUGAACAUCCCUACUCCUCCUCUUCAUGUCAGUGUGACCUGGAAUUCGAUCCAAGAGGUCUUUGUCCAUAUUGCGGAAGCUGCCAUGGAGCCCAGCACGGCGUUCCCGCGCAGUGAAGAGGAUGUUGAAGGGAAAUGGAUGUCGUGGGGUAUCGCGUUGGGGGCGGUCGUCUGUGCCGGAGCCGCAGCAGUGAUGAUCUGGAGACGAGUGGGCAGUGGGCAAUGA